AUGGAGGAAACCCGGGUACUGUCGAGACGUGGUCUCCGGCGGGGAUGCCAUUCCGACGAUUUCCCGCUUAGAGAUCUCGCUGAGGCUGUUCAUAGUGGAGUGAAGGAAAAUAUAUACCUAGAACUGGAUUCAGGAAAUCAGCUCACAGCGCGAGGAGGUAUAGCCUUGGCGGUGUGUACCUCCCAACUUGCUCCUACUCUGCCUCUUGCCAGUGCUCUUCUAUGUCUUGAAUCCGGGGCCAGAUUGCGUGUGAGAAUAUUGACUGACACGCCACCAAUGCACGAAAUGAUGCUGUGGUUCGAUGAGGUUCUCUUGGCGCAUCUGGAUAUGCCAUUUCUAACACUUAGAAAUAUCACAGGCAAGAAAACUUACACAUGCCACGACUGCCGAACAGAGUUUGAACAUCCAAAUCUCUUGAAAGUGCACCUGUUUCUGGCUUGCCAUCCCUUCGACCCUCAUGUCUUUUGGAGAAGGUGCAUUAUAAAGCUCCAAACAGCACUAUCAAUCACGCCAGUUUCGCCCUUACCGACAUUACCGAUUACCGCAGACCCAGCUCAGUUGGAAGCGUUAGCAGCAGCUUGGGGCCGUUCCAGAGAUGGACACAUCUGUUUGUAUUGCGGGAAGUUAUACUCUAGGAAAUAUGGCUUAAAAAUUCAUAUAAGAACUCACACAGGCUACAAGCCGCUUAGGUGUAGACACUGUUUACGAGCUUUUGGUGAUCCCAGCAAUCUUAAUAAGCACGUUCGCUUGCAUGCGUCCAGUUCCGGAUCGAGUGAAGCACACGCGUGUAGUUUAUGUCAUAAGCCUUUAGCCCGGAAACGAGAUCUCUUAAGACAUUUGCGAUCUCACCAUCCACAUGCCUUAUCCGCUCAGAGUGAUACUUGA